GAAGUCCACAAUGCAUGUGACUGGCUAAAACGAAGGUGUUGACAGGGCUGUGCUCCUUCUGGCGUCUCUGGGGAGGAUCUGCCAGGCCAGUUCCAGCUUCUCAAGAUAAAGGAGAACUGAGGAAGAAGAUAAGAAGCUGGCUGUCCCGGGGCACAGAAUUGUCCAGCUGGUUGUCCAGGGUAUGGCCAGGACCUUGUCUCCAGUUUCUGUGGAGAUUCUUUUCAUCCUGCCAAGGACAGGGGUUAAUGGUGAAUUGCAACAUAUCUGGGGGCUGAGUCAUCUUCCACUGCCACUCCCCCCAACUCCCCUAGCUGAAGUUCUAUAAAGAGGAUCAGGGGCUGGAGAGUGAAAAUACUGGAGGUAAGAGCCCUCCUCCCCAGACCCUACUCCUCUAAGCUUCCAGAAACUGCAGGGGAGAGGGCAUAGACAGCCUGCGGAGCUCCUGCCUGCUGGGACAAUGAACUGGCAGUGCCUCUGGCUGGGUUUCCUAUUCCCCAUGACAGUCUCAGGCCGGGCCCUGGGGCCUGCAGAAGAGGAGGCAGCAAUGGAUUACCUCUUGCAAUAUGGGUACCUACAGAAGCCUCUAGAAAGAUCUGAAGACUUCAGGCCAGAAGAUAUCAAAGAAGCUCUGAGAGCUUUCCAGGAAGCAUCUGAACUACCAGUCUCGGGUCAGUUGGAUGACAUCACAAGAGCCCGCAUGAGGCAGCCUCGUUGUGGCCUGGAGGACCCCUUCAACCAGAAGACCCUCAAAUACCUUCUGCUAGGCCGCUGGAGAAAGAAGCACUUGACCUUCCACAUCGUGAAUUUGCCCUCCACCCUCCCAGCGUCCACAGCCAGGACAGCCCUGCUUCAGGCCUUCCAGUACUGGAGCAGGGUGGCCCCCCUGACGUUCCGGGAGGUGCAUGGUGGCUGGGCUGACAUCCGACUCUCCUUCCACGGCCGCGAAAGUCGCUACUGCUCCAAUAACUUUGAUGGGCCUGGGAGGGUGCUGGCCCAUGCCGACAUCCCAGAGCUGGGCAGUGUGCACUUUGAUGAAGACGAGCUCUGGACUGAGGGCACCUACUGGGGAGUGAACCUGCGCAUCAUUGCAGCCCACGAAAUCGGCCACGCCCUGGGUCUUGGGCACUCCCGGUACACCAAGGCCCUCAUGGCGCCCGUCUAUGCUGGCUACCGGCCCAACUUCAGGCUGCACCCGGACGACGUGGCUGGGAUCCAGGCUCUCUACGGCAAGAAGAGGCCUGAGCUAGAAGAAGAAGAAGAGGAGGAGGAAGAGACAGAAGCGCCCAUUGUACCUCCAGUGCCCACAGAACCCGGACCUAUGCCAGACCCCUGCGGAGGUGAACUGGAUGCCAUAAUGCUAGGGCCCCGGGACAAGACCUAUGCCUUCAAGGGAAACUAUGUAUGGACGGUGACAGAUUCGGGGCUGGGUCCCUUGUUCCGAGUGUCUGCCCUGUGGGAGGGACUCCCAGGAAAUCUGGAUGCUGCUGUCUACUCUCCCCGAACACAGUGGAUUCACUUUUUUAAAGGAGACAAGGUGUGGCGCUACAUUAAUUUCAAGAUGGCCCCUGGUUUCCCCAAGAGACUGAAUAAGGUAGAACCCAACCUGGAUGCAGCUCUCUACUGGCCUCUCAACAAGAAGGUGUUCCUCUUUAAGGGCUCUGGUUACUGGCAGUGGGAUGAACUGGCCAAAACUGACUUCAGAAGUUACCCAAAACCCAUUAAGAAGUUGUUCACAGGAGUGCCAGACCGGCCGUCAGCAGCCAUGAGUUGGCGGGAUGGCCGAGUCUAUUUCUUCAAGGGCAAACAAUACUGGAGCCUCAAUCGGCAGCUUCGAGUGGAGAAAGGCUACCCGAAAGACAUCGCCCUCAACUGGAUGCACUGUCGGCCCCGGAGCCCAGCCACCACCCCUUUACCGGGAGCUGCCUCUUCCACAGCCACUGGCUACUGGGCCACAGAAACAACUGCAAACACAGUUCCUUCUGUCGUAAAUACCACUUGGAGCACUGACCGCUCACCUGCAGACACGAGCUUGGAUACUAAGCCCUCAGUGACAGGCUCUCCUGCCCUUUCAUUCCUUGGUCAUGUCACCCGCCCUGAGUCCUAACACCUCAAUCAAAUGUCUGCUCAUGCCAUUCUGCAGGUGCUGAACCUCCAACAUAGACCUCGGGCUUCUCCAUGACCCAGUUCUAGUCACCACUGUCCUGUGUUCCUUCUCUCUGGGCAGUGUGAUUCCGUGACACUGGGUCAGCCCCUGACUCCAUCCAUGUCUUCCCUGUCUGAGAUAACUUUCCAACACUAGUUAUUACUCUGUAGAAGACAGUGGUAGAAGGAAGCCAUCAACAAGGCCUUAAGCUUCCAGCAGGCUGGAAUGCUGACUGCCUUGGUCCAGUUCUUCCCUGAUAAAGUGCAAGAAAAUGGGAUGGCCAGUAAAAUGAGCAAAGGCUCUGGAAUCCUAGAGAAUCCAUUGACUUGGGGCUGGAGAGUAAUACAUCGGGUAGGGUGCCUACCCUGAAUGCGGAUGACUCAGUUUGAUCCUCGGCAUCCCAUUUGGCCUCCCGAGCACACCAGGAGUGACUCCCGAGUACAGAGCCAGAGCCAGGAAUAAACCCAGAGCAGGGCCGGGUGUUACCCCCCAAAAAUAAAACAAAGAAUCCAUUGACUUGCUUAGAACUUUGAGAAAAUUUAUGAAACUCCUGGAGCCUCAGAUGGCCCGUUGGCAAAAAUGAGGUCGAUACCACCCCUGCAGGAUCGUGGCCUUCUGUGGAAUAUUGCCCAUGGGGUGCCGGGCACAGUGUCUGGCACUUUGUGC